AUGCCAAUCGAAGCCUUGCAGCGGGUAGAUGCGGACAGUGUUCUGGUAUUUCUCUCGGCCAACGAGAUCGCAUACAACACAAAAGUGGACGACCCUUGGUACUCAUCCCACACUCCCUACUUCGAAGUGGAAGCUGGAGGCUCAGGUGACCCCUCUCAGAACCAGACGAACAUGUCUUACUUCCGUGAUGAGCCGGCUUCCGUCCUGGGGUGUGCGAUUCAAGAGCAGAUCUGCAACCCGAGGCUUCCAGAGGACCGCCGCUGCACCCCUCUUGCGGGCGCCUACGACAGAGACGCCAACGCCGCCAAACUUGUCGAGAGCGAAGAGGAGAAAUUCGCACUCGAAUGGCAACUAUGGGCGCUUUUCUAUAUGAGCACGGAACUUUGGGUGAUCCUCCGGACUCUCGGCAGUGCCUCUCUGGCUUCAGGGGACAGUCUAUACGACGGCAUCCAACAAGGUCUUCCGGAUAACCAAUGGCAGCUGGAUGUUGAGCGUUGGCAUUCAAUCAUGCUGGCCACCCUACAGGGGCAGGCUGUCGACGUCGCUGAAGGGCCUCCGGAUGCCAAACUGCGGGCGGAACUGGCCAAGCCAAGCAACAAGAGGGAGAGGGAGCUGUGCAAACGGCAGCGAAUCCUCUCAACCGCACACUCCAACUUCUCCGUCUUCUUCCUCGCCUUCAUCUUCACCACCGGCGGCCUCAUCAUCCUCCUCUCCUGGUUCCUCGAGACCAUAGUCGCCUUCUUCCAAAAGCGGCGCAACCUUGACUCCUACUCUCGGCUCGAGUGGUGCACGAAUGAGACACUCCAGCUGCAGCGCCUCGCGCACGAGGAACUCGGGAUGGGCAAGUGGGAGGGCUGCGACGAAGACGUGCCCGUGACAGAGAAAGGUGAGAGGUUGGCGGUGUUGGAUGUGUCGGACUUGAAGCAUCCGCGGUUGCGCGUGAGGCCGCUCGGGUGGGAGGAGAUGGCGGCUGUUGUUGUGAAAGCGGAAAGGCACGGUGGUGAGGGGAACGAGGGCAUUGAUACGGGGAACAACACGGACGAUGGUGGUGGUGGGGAGAAGGGAACGAGGUGCAGCGUGGAAGCGGUCGAGCAGGAUGGCCGGGUGUCACCUUUGAGUACAUUCGCUCCGCCCAGACUCGACGACGAGGAUACUUUUCGCGCAGCGACUAUCGCGGUAGCGCCGGAUGUCAAUAGAAGUGGCCUUGGUAACGGUGGUAGUGGGGAGCAUGGUGCAUGA